UUCCUGGUUGGCUUUAUUUCCACAUUAUUUGCAUUCGAUAACAGAGGAGAUCGUGUGUGCACCCUAGAUCCUGCUACCAAGACCUACGCGGUAGCCAUUGGAGAGCACACUUUAGAAGGAGGCGAGUACCGUAACGUGUACAUAAGACUGAAGGCUCAGAAACAUGGUGCGGGAGCUAUGUACUACUAUGUGRUGUUCAACGGUUACCACGUGUCUGAACAGAAAAUCACGUCAUACUCCAAGAAUGACAAGAAGCUUCGUAUUCUUGCUAAACGAUUGGCUGAGAAUCUAGAUUUGAAUUUUUUUGACGUCAAAGCCAGCUCAAGGGAACACAUUAUUCGCCAUAGAUCUGCUGAARCAAGUCGUGCUGAUAACAGAAGGGUUAACAACAGCCUUCCUGUCUGAUUGAUUCACUUUUCAUCUUUAUUGCAUUUACAAAUAUUUCGGUGCUAUUUUCAUUCUAAACGUGCGACUUUCCUUCUGCUUUACUUUUCAUUACUCUUUUUAUCUGGUUUUACUGUUUUUCUCUUCUUGUUUAACCUGUUUCACUACUUUUCAAACCAAUUGCUGACAAGUUACGACAAAAGAGUAUCGAUAUUAAAAUUCUCAAGAAUUUCUGUGGUUUUCUCUUUCUUCAGUUCCUCUCGAGGAUUACUAAAAUUAGUGAUUUCAUAUUCUCACYUCCUUUGUGUUUUCCUAAUAUGACAAUUUCAUUUUAAGAGAUUAGUUYCUGUAGCAAAGUACAACUAUUUUUUUCCAUUUGAAGUUUGACGUUUCAUUCACCAACUUUAUUUGGGACGUGAUAUAUUUGGUGAUGAAUAACACACACUCCAGACUUCAAACACCCAUCAAAAAUACUAGUAUCAUCCCUUCCAUAUAAGGUACGUAUUCUCAAAAAUACAAAAAUAUUUAUUUAUUGAUGUUACUAUUUUGAGUUUAAUUUCGUUACUUUUGACCUUGAGGACAAAUUUGACCGGAAGUGCACGACCGGAAACGCUGAAGUACAAGUUAACGAUGACAUCAUCAUUACAAUGAAUCUGAAAUAUAAAUAAGAUUAACUGAAAGCCGUUMAGUAGAAGAACAUCAGCGCUGAAGCUUAACGACCAAAGAAAACGAGAACAAGAAUGUAUUUUGAAAAUAUUUAUUUUAUUUAUACCCGGAAAAUGCGAAGAAUGUCAAUCACAGCGAAGCCAUUUAUUCAUAUAUUCAUAUUUAUUCAUUUAAUUGGCACGAUGCCAGUGCAUGGAACAUUGAACACGACGAAUGAAGUGCGCAUGUUCAAGGGACUGCCAUCAGGGACUGUGGGCUCAUUGGGUCCAAGGACAUUAACGAUACGACACGAUCUACCKGGAAAGGUAGUGUUCACUAAUGGCUCUGUGUUUUCUAUCGAAGCUAAURUUACCGUUAUCGAUAGCAUAAACGCAAGCCAAAUACAAACGAACUACAAAAUAGCACCAGACAACCAUUCCAUCGUGCUUGAAGUGUACAAGUUGGAAUCCCCUGAUACCUUUCAAAAUCCACCCAAAGAUCAAAUGCUGCUAAUAGUAGCGACAUCUGUUUCUGGUUUUAUUAUAAUUUGUAUCCUCGUGUCUCUUGUGCUGUACUUCUGCUGGUGGAAAAAGAAAACAAGCACUAUGUUACUGAAUGAAGAUUUUAAAGACAGCCAAUUGAAAAAAGCAGCGAUUCCCAGAACCUUUUCACAAAAGCGUCGCUUGUAUGAUGCCAGUUCAAACCACAGCACCUUGCACAUCACGCUUGUGGUCGUCAUAGGAACGAUCUGUGUUGCGCAUGCGCAGUUGUACUUGGUUACAGUGGACCUCGUGAUAACAGUYCCUGAAGGGUUUCUCGAACCUGACUCGAGGAUAUUCUUCAACGAGGAUAACAAAAAUCAAAUUGAUACUCUACAAUAUAAAAACGACUCUAUUCUCGUAUUUGAUGUAGAGAAUGCAUCACCAGCCCCAAAAGAUAUGUGUAUCCUCUUGAAUGCGAAGUGUCACACGGGCACGUGUGAUUCCCUGACGGGACUAUGUGUGUGUCCACGUGGGAAGAAGAUGAUUCAARGUGGCGGAGGGAAACCCACAUGUGUUUUUGAAUGUACUCAGCCAUGUCCGUCUGGGACCUACGAGUUUUCUCCCUGUAACCAAACCCACCCUGCUGUCUGCAAAGCUUGUAGACCACCGUGUAGUUUCAAAGAAUUUGAAUCGACUGCUUGUGCGGGAAACACCGACAGGAAUUGCACUGCUAUCUCUCUGUUACCCCGGAUUAAAGUCUCUUCUAAUGUUAUUUACGAAGACUUAUCCAAGGUYGAGAGUGAUACUACGGUCGACCAACUCAUUUCCAAUCACUCCGCGCAAUACAACAUCUGGCUCAACCGAUCCAGCGGUGUUGCGCUCAAAGUAAGAAUCGUCAAUGCUGACUUCAGCACUACGUAUCGCCAAGUAGACCAUCCAAACAAUGACAAUGACAUGCUCCCCUCUAAAGACAAAACCAUUAAAACAUUAGUCCAGGAUAAUUUCUSUAAAGCUCCAGUUCCUGACUAUUACAAAGUUCAAAUUGAAGAGUACCAAAAUCUAGAUGUUGUUAAAGAAGAUCAUAGUAAAAUCUGUCCUAACUACACUAGAGAAGGAGUUCACUCAUUCAAGCCAACGCAAGGGAGAGAUCUUUACUGUACUGGGGUGAAUAMUUCAAUGGUUGAGAUUUUCGGUAAUCGCAUUUCCAGUCAUUUAUCUUGGAAAGAGGAGAAGGAGAGAGAUUGCUAUAUCARCAAGAUAAAAUGCGGUGAAUGCAGGGAUAAUUGUUCGAAAGGGGCCUUUAAGAUCCCUGAAUGCGACAUCAAGAAGGAUAAAAAAAACGCGAACUUUGGAGAGCAUUUUUCGUACUGCUUCGAUUGUUGUUUCGUURGAUGUACUUGCCCAAGUUGUGUUUGCGGAAAAUACGAAAGAAACUGUGUCCGAGAACAGCUCACAUGUGUUCGAGUAAAGCAGUAUAAAUUAUCACUUGAACCCACGUUCCCCUCGGGCGGGAACUUUAGCUGUCAYGUGGAGGCGUCACGUGGUCCUGAAAUUGCCAUAGAAACAUCUUUGUGGCGUCAUGGMAAUCGAGUCUACGCAUUAACAACCAACAGUUAUAACCUUACUAAACAAUCAACAAGACAAACUGUCCAUGACUUUGGCUAUAUGACAGUUCGCCAUCCACCAAUCCUGCAAAGCAUGCCUGGGAAAAAUAUCUUGGUCAGUGGUAACGUUCACAAGAAGAAGUUUAAUGUUGGUGUGUUUUUUAAUGAGGAUGAUGUCACUAAUACGGUUGCUAUGGGUGCGGAAAGAACCAAGAUUCAUAUUCAGCCAAGAGUGCCUUUUGGGAUAAAUAGUAAGACAUGGCCCAAAAGAAAUUGCAACGAUAAAAGUAGCAUUAACUUAGUUGUUGUUAAAGAUCAACCAAGACAUACAAACUUCAAAAAGCUUGAAAAUCUCACAGCAGAGAUUGAUCAACAAGGCAAAGACUUGUUUUACAAACUUUAUGAUAACAAACUGACGCGGAAGUUAAGUUUUGAAGUCUCUCAAAAUCGUUCAAUUCUGCGUAACAUUUUCCCCAAGACUGCUAUCGUCAAUGAUCGCACKCUGGUCGGAGACCUCUACAGAAACCGAACCUUCUGGACGCUUCGGUUUACCGGUCGCAUAAAGGAGUGUCCAGGGGCGUUCAAUGUCAGAAUCUAUGACCAAGAUAUGCCGAACGUGGAAGUGUAUAAUUAUGAUAUAGCUGUGACACGAAUGGACUGCAAGUUCUUGUUGGAAUUCCACUUGCCUUCUGGUGGUGACACAAACCUUAUCGACAAACAGUUCCUCAUCAAGUUUACCGAUUCGUACAAGAAAAUUCAACUCGCUCUAGUCAGCCCACGGUACGUUCCAAACUUCAACAUCCGAAUCCUCGAAAAUAAACCAGAUAUAAACCACAUUCUGAAGGUUCUACUUCCGGCUGUCUAUGCGCUAGGAGUAGCUCUUGUAUUACUCCUUUGUCUUCUUGUGUUUGGCUACAAGACGAGGCCAAAAGACAAGAUGCACCGCGACCGUGACAGCAAGCUUCAUUUUCGACAUAUUCUUUUUGUAGUUUGGUUCGUUGGAAUGCGAUUUAUCAAAAGCUUCCUAUUGACCUUUUCGUUAUUUUUCAUUCUCUUAUCCACCAUCCACCACAGUAAUAUUAACACUCUUCGUCGCUACCCUGAAUUUCGGGACCAAAGGCAACGGAUCGAUAAAGACCUCAUGUCGAUUAUAGAUCAGCAUAAGGUACAAGAGAUCAACCGGCAGCUUGGUCUCCUCAACGAAGGRAAGAAAACUUGCGACAAGAAGCUUAGAGAAGCUGAUGCUCUGAUAGACGCGUAUUUUGAUGAAAUGAGAAGAAGGUUAAUGGAGGACAUGAAACAAAAAUCUGUCAUCUACGCGGCUUAUAAAAACAUGGAAAAAAAGGUGAAGUCGGCAAAGAAACAGUUCGACAAUAAGAGGGAAGAUUUCAAUCGAGCUUUGAGAACGGCGACAAACGAGAUUAACUAUAGGAUUCAGAGCUUGCGAGGAAAAAUUGAGAGUAACUUCUGGCUCGGUGCUGCAAAAGUUAUGCAUAGUUUUGUCCAAUCUGCAGCGAAUUUGUUUGGGCAUAGAAUCGAACCGUUCAUGAACUGGGUUGAUCUAGACGUUAGUUUUCCUUCUAUUAGCUUCAGCCUCGGGUCCUUCGAUGUCUACUUCGAUGAUUUUGCUACAAAAUUCAAGAAACCUGAUUUGGGACUUUCUUUGAAAUUCAAUGCUAGCAGGUGGCAAGGUAGUUUCCCAACUCCUGACCUGUCUCUAAAUUUAAAAGAGUUACGACUACCACCGCUGAAUAUUUCUAGUCCAGUGUCUAAUAGAAGAGUCAAGGAACUUCUAGCACUUGACUGGAUUGUCGCUUUAUUGCGAAGUGGAGUUUUGGCGGGAAUUUUGUUGGCGCUUGAUGUCACGUGGUUUGUGUACCGUCACAGCAGGACUUACCAGUCAGCGGUUGUUCUCUUGCACGGUUUUCCUGUUGUUUAUGAGUUGAAAGACGUGAAGAAAGAGAAAGAAAAACUCCUGAAAAAGGCUUCAAUCGACGAUCUAAGYAAUUACGGUACACUCCGUAGUGAAACUGAGAUGAGCCAAGCGUCAAGUGAAAAUAGCGAGAAUUCAUCAAAAAUUACAAGAUAUAAAAACAAGCUACAUAAGUACAAACAAGACGAGGUACAAAAAUCCCAAGAAAGUUUGAAUCGAAUAAAUGAAAGUAAAAUAAACCUGGAUGAAGAGGAGGAGAAACAAGAAGACAUAGCUGAUGGCUACCAUGACAACGAAGUAUCAGUUUCAAGCAAAAUGCCCAAAUAUGGUAUGAUGGUUAUUGACUACCUCAAUGGGUGGUUAUUCUUCGUCUAUGGAAUACUGAAAAAGAUCAAUUACGAGGUCACAAAGACAAACUUAGUCCCUUUAGCCGUAUUGGGUGUCAUGGGUCUUCUGUUAAUCUACGUUGUCAUAGUAACGGCCAAAUACACGCUGACAGUCGACACGCUUGAUGAAGUUGGAUACUUUGAUAUCAAGAUGGCGCCAAUAUUGGUUACUAGAAAAAUAGUCAACACUCGUAUAACUUCCAGUGCUUUUAUGAUCAACCAAAUACAAAUACCGUAUUACCAAAACAGAGUCAAUGCGAGAAUCGCAUUUGCCAAGAAGAAAGCUGCUUUCUUCAAAGGUUUUCAGUGUACAACCGCUGAUCUGCAUAACAAGGAGUACUGCUUCUGGGUUGACGGGCAGUGUGAUGGGGUUAAGAGCUACACUGAUGAUUUCCUUAAGAAUUUAACACGACUAGAAUGUCAUGUUCCUUCUGUUAUUCCACGAAGGUUCACAAAGUUUGACCGGUUCAUCUACAAACAACAGCUCAAGAAAGGAUACCAGCCGUUCGUGACUGCCACACGAGGAUUAAUCCUUAACACCUUUUACACGGCUCUCAUAAUUUUGGGAAUUUUCGUAUUUGUUAAGCUUUUGGGUUUACUCGUAUUUCUUGUUCUACGGCGGCUUGACUUGAUCCGUACCGUCAAGAACUACAAAUUGGCUGAGAACCUUGGUCAUGAGGAGACCCAGGAAGACGAGAUAGAUGGAAAACUGAAGAAGACUGGUGAUUCGAUAGGGCGACUGAAGGUCCCGGAUGUAAUUGUGAAAACUUGUGGACCAACACGUGGUCGACCUGGAUGGCAUUUGGAGUAUAGGCCAGAUAAGGCAGCUGAACUCAUCUCAAAGAAAAGAGAGAUGAAAGCAAGAAACGAUGGAGAAUCUAUAUAAAGGUGUGUAAAUUAUGAUAUUGGGCUUCCUGUGGCACAGAAGAGUCAGUACCUUGUUACCAAAGGUGCUGCAGUGGCACGUGUGUUUAUAUGAUGACCUUUGUCCCCCCGAGUGGUAACGAUCCGCCAUUUUUAGCCACUUAGCCCAUGGGCUAUUAUGUACGUGUGUUUCUUGUCACGGGCCUUUUUGAAGGCAGGUGUAUAUAUUGUAUAUUUUAUCUUAGAUUUAUACUUAUAUUAGCAUUUAUAUUUAACUUUUACAUCUUAUUGUAAUUUGUAUUUGUCAAUGCUUCUGAAAAGCCCUGUAAAGGGAUGAGGUAAUAAAGUAUGUAUGUAUGUAUGURAGAGGGAGAGGAUGUUGAAAAUGGGAAACGCCACUUCGGGAAACGCCACCCUUUCGUUCAUAUUUCCAUACUAUGACAAAGAAAUGCAAAGCUUCAUUUUGAAAGUCUGCCUCCGACAGCCUAUGAGUAAGCUGUAUUGACCUAACUAUACUUUAAUCUAUGGCAAUCUAAACGUUUUGUAUACAAGCUAGUUAUUAAAAUUCUGAAGCCAUUUUUCAGCUCUUUGAUGAUUCGUAAACAAAAAAGGAUAAACCAUUUUGUGAAAAACAAGGUUCAUUGUGUUCAUUCACUUGAAGGUAUUUUGUAAAUGGAACUAUAACAGACGCCAUUUAUGUUUAGUUUUAAAAGUAAUAUCUCACGUAGUGACCCACCUUUUCAUUUUUCUGAAGUUAAUGUCUAGACCUUCAUUGUCGGCUAAAUCGUUUUUUUACAGAAGUGCACAACCAUUCCAGGCAACACUUAUGCCACUAAACUCACUUAGUUUUGAAGUGAUAUCUCACGUAGUGACCCAGCUUUUCAUCUCUUUGAAGUUGACUUCGAGACCUUUGUUAUCGGCAAAUGCCUUUAGCCAGCUGUUAACACUUUAGGUUACUUCUAAAUGGAAGAACAAUAGAUGACACCAAACUCAUUUAGUUUUUAAAGUGAUWUCUCACGUAGUGACUCACCCAGACUCCAGCUUGAAUUUGACUUCAAGACCUUCAUUAUCGACAAAUCCCUUUUCCUAAUGGAGCUCACGACUCAUCCAGGUAUUACUUUAGGCCACUUAAAAUCUUGGUUGUAAUAGUGAUAUCUCAAUUAGUGCCUCAACUUUUAAUCUCUUUGAAGUUGACUUCAAGACCCUCAUUGUCGCAUGCUUUUUUUGGUUUUGUCAAGAGAAUAAUAGGACUACAAGGCCGAGAGCCAUACAGUAGCAGGAUUUAAGAGGCGCUCAGGUUACGCCUUAGUAUGUGAGUAUAGUAUAAAACACUUAAUUAAUAAGCCGAGCCUGGGCACCUCGUAUAUUUCUUUAUCAAACCCUCUUCAUUUAUGUGUCUUUGAUUGCCAUGUAAAAUGGCCAUACAUCCUGUCAUUUUUUGGGUUGAGGGCCAGASGACCCAAGUUUAUCAUUUCUCAGUAGCUGUCAAGUAUCACCUCUAAAUUAAGCUAUUUGUGGAAGGCAACUGUAAAAGAAGAAUAUAGUUUAUUUUAUGUUAUAAUUGUAGCGAGCCAGUGAACCACUUGCAAAAAUGUACAUGUGUAGUGACUUCACUUGAGAUUCUGAAGGAUGGAAUAUCCCCKUCCACUCAGAUGGGGUCCUGAUUAUAAAGCGCCCACACGGGUUGUGACCCGAAAACCUAUUAUCUAGAGAGACAGGGUGUGGCGAGGUAUGCAAUCAGAGCGUAUGCUUUUUAAUUUGGUUUGGCUUGAAAUAUAUGAAAAACCUUCAAAUUUUUAUCGAACCCUGAAACAACCUCUGGGCUGAUCAAAGUCCGGGUACGACUAACUCACAGCGCGAACCCUGAAACAACCUCUGGGCUGAUCAAAGUCAGGGCAUGGCUAACUCACAGAUGGGACCCUGAAACAACAUCAGGGCGCAUCUAAGUCAGUGCAUGGUUAACCCACARAUGGAUUUUAUUUUAGAUUUUUGAGGGAGGAAAAUGGGAGAACUUUAAGAAAAACUUUCGAAUUAAGGGAUAUCACGUGUGAUUAUUUGCCAUAAAUAAGUCCAUAAAUCGAACUCGAAACGCCGCCACGAUCGAGAUGGCAAUAAAAAUGAAUGUCUUCAAAAGUCUGCAAGAAAAUGAAUGUCUUCAAAAGUCUGCAAGAAUACAUCAAAGUCCACUUUCCUUGCAACUGGUUGUCUGUGGAUAAAAAAUGGUGUUGGCUUUUAUCGAUCAAAAGUGUGUAACCAGCCACUUCAAGCUUUAUUCACGAGACACAUGCACACGUGUGGGGUCUAGUGCUUUAUUCCCAUUAUUUUACUCUUCAAACACUAAUUGAGUUUGUCGUUUAUCUUUGCCUGGCCCUAUCUGUGCCACAUCUUUUAGGACUUUAAAGUCUCCUUAUGGCUGGUUAUUGAUUAGACUUUGAAUUGAAACUCGCCAAUUAGUCUGUCAAGCUGUGUUAUUCAAAAUAAAUACGUUUACCAUAA